AUGGCUCGCAUUUUCAUCACUGGUUCCUCCGACGGCCUGGGAGCUGUGGCUGCCCGGACGCUCAUCAAGAACGGCCACCAGGUAGUCCUCCACGCCCGCAACGCCCAGCGGGCCGAAGACGCGAAAUCGGCCGUCCCCGGCGCGGAGACCGUCCUCAUCGGCGACCUCUCCAAGAUUGCAGAGACGAAAAAGCUGGCCGAAGACGCGAAUAAGCUGGGGACAUUCGAUGCCGUCAUCCACAACGCCGGCUUCUAUCGCGGGCCGUACCGAAAGACCGACUUUGGUCUCUCCAGCCUCAUAGCCGUGAACGUCAUGGCGCCGUACCUCCUCACUUGCAUCAUGAACAGGCCGAAGAGAAUCAUUUACAUCUCUUCCGGCAUGCAUCGCAGCGGAAACACCAGCUUCAAGGACCCCACAUGGGUAGAGCGAGGCGAGGAAGGUUGGAACGAUAACCAGGCCUACUGCGACUCAAAGCUGCACGUCAGUACUUUGGCCAACGCCGUUGCGCGCUUGUGGCCCGACGUCAAGAGUAACUCUGUCGAUCCUGGCUGGGUUCCCACCAAGAUGGGCGGACAGAGCGCUACUGGUAGCGCUGAGGACGGCGUUGCCACAUACGUGAUGCUUGCCGAGGGCAGUGGGAAUGGAGACGUCAGUGGGAAAUACUUCAAGCCGCGCAAGCAGGAAGAUGUCGCGGAGACGUUCACGACGGACGAAAAGAAACAGGAUCAACUGCUGCAGCUUUGGGAGAAGCUCACGGGCGUGAAGCUGCCAGUAGCGUAA